UUAAAUUAUUUUUAUAUAUUAAUUUUUUCAUUUAUAAACAGUGAAAUGUUUUCAAAAAAUUUACCAUCUAUUGUAGGAUUUACAAAUGUACUUUUAAUGAAGGUUAUUUUACAAAAGGAUUUUUUAUUUGAUACCUAUGAAUCAUAUAUUAAUGUAGAUUCAAUCGAUAUCUCAACAAUUUAUUUCGAUACAGUCGUAAACUCGAAUAUUAUUCAACGAUUAAGGCCAUCUUUGGUAAGAGAUCUUAAAUUAAAAUUAGGAAUGUCAACAAAUAAUGGUUUAAAUAAAAUAAAUUUAGCAAUUAAUUACCCAAAUUUAAAAGCAAUAUCAAUCGAAACAAACCCCACAUUUUCACACAACGAGUUUCAAUUUUCUUCAAUACCUUCAAAUCUUCAACAAUUUAUAUUAAAAGGUUCGGUUUUUUCAGGGUUGGAUAUUGCUCUUGGACUUUUAAGAAAUGUUCCAUUUAUCGAUCUUAGUAAUAAUAAUAUUAGAGCUAUAUUACCAAUAAACAAUUUAAACUCAUUUCCAAAUAGUGAGCUAAAUAUUUCAAAUAACCAAAUAUCAGGGGUAUUAGAUGAGUCCUAUUGUAAAAUUGCAAAUUUAGACGUUUCAAAUAAUUUAUUAACUGGCCCAAUUCCAAAAUGUUUUACAUGCUAUAUGAAAAAUCAUUUUGAGUCGAGAUUUUCUGGUAAUCAAUUCGAUAAUUAUUUUGAAAUGAAUAAUGAUUGCGCAUACAUUCAAGCAAGUUUAAGAAUAGAUGGGGACAAGGUAUAUUUAGAAGGUUCAAAUUUAGGUUUUGAUCCAAAUACUAUUAAAGCAACACCACCUUUAACUUUUGAAAUGGAAAUUCCAUCAACUCGUUUUGUUGCAGACUUUAGCAAAUAUUUAGGUAUUCAAACCGAGUUUUUAAUUUCAUUUACUUUAAUAAACAAGAAUUUUAAAUUUAAUUCACCCCCAAAGCAACCAAAAGUCGAUUUUAUCAAUACAACCCCAGAUGGAAUUACUUCAAUUUAUGGCAGUGAUUUCCCAAAUGAUAAAAGUAAAGCAAUUGUAACAAUAGGAGGUAAUAGCUGUGAAGUUUCAAUUUCAACAUUUGGUUUUAUAGAGUGUCAAAUGCUAAAUAUUAGAGCUCUUACUUUUGGAAUGCUCUCUUAUAUUACAAUUUCAGAUCCAAUUUACGAAUUAAAAACUCAGUUUUAUAUCAACUAUGAUUCAUUAACCCUAUUAACAACUAAUGUAUAUUAUUGUAACAAUGGAGAAGGGUGUAAUGGUUACAUUUGUGAUACAUUGUCUCAACAGCCUACAUGUGACUGCCCAGGGAAACAAAGUAACUGUAUGCCAUAUACCUGUCCAAAUAAUUGUAGUGAUCAUGGCUCUUGUGAUGAAAGUACUGGAUCUUGUACCUGUGAAAAAAACUAUACCUCAGAAAAUGACUGUUCAAUAUUUAGUAUGGAGUGUCCUGGCAAUGGUUGCAGUGGCCAUGGUACUUGUGAUCACAAUACUGGAUUAUGUACCUGCGACCUAAACUAUACCUCAGAAAAUGACUGCUCAGUAUUUAGUAUGGAUUGUCCAGGUAAUGGUUGCAGUGGUCAUGGUACCUGUGAUCACAACAAUGGCGAAUGUACAUGUGAUGAAAAUUAUACUUCAACAAAAGACUGUUCUGUAUUUAGUAUGGAUUGUCCAGGUAAUGGUUGCAGUGGUCAUGGCACUUGUGAUCACAGUACUGGCGUAUGUAGAUGCGACCUAAACUAUACUUCAGAAAAAGAUUGUUCAGUAUUGUAUAUGGAGUGUCCAGGAAAUGGUUGUAGUGGCCAUGGUAUAUGUAAUCACAAUACUGGCGAGUGUGUAUGCGAUAUAAAUUAUACUUCAGAAAAAGAUUGCUCUGUAUUAUACAUAGAAUGCCCAGAUAAAACUUGCUCAUCACAUGGAACAUGUAACACUUUAAAAGGUGAAUGUGAUUGUAAUGAAGGUUUCCAAGGUUCAGAUUGCUCAGAAAUAGUAAUAAAGAAUUGUCCACUUUAUAAUGGCCAUAUAUGUGCAGGUUUUGGCUUUUGUGAAGAUGGUUUUUGUAAAUGUGAUAAUUCUCAUCAAGGAGAUGAUUGUAGUGUCGUCUAUGUUGAAUGUCCAAAGAAUAAUGGUCAAAUUUGUAGUGGUGGUUUAAAUAAAUGUAAUAAUAUAACUGGUGUUUGUACAUGUGAACCUAAUAAAUCUGGGUACGAUUGCUCGGUUGAUGAUUCAAUUUAUUGUAAAGAUCCAACAUGCAAUAACAAUGGAAUAUGUGAUAAAUCUAAAGGAAAAUGUAAUUGUAAUGAUGGUUAUAGUGGUGAUUCAUGUGAAACUCCAAUUUGUUCAUCCAGUUGUUCAAACCAUGGAUCAUAUCCAACAUGCAGCAACCAUGGUGUUUGUGAUAGAUCAAAAGGUAUUUGUAGUUGUAAUAAUGGUUUUGGUGGCGAAUCUUGUGAAACUCCAAUAUGCUCUACUGGAUGCUCAAAUCAUGGAUCAUGUAUUUCACCAGGAAAAUGCAAAUGUUUAGAUGGAUGGAUUGGAGAUGAUUGUUCAAUUGCCCAUAUAGAAUGUUCCCCAGUAUGUGGCGUUAAUGGCAAAUGUGAUAACACAAAAGGUACCUGUGAUUGUAAUAAUGGUUAUAGUGGUGAGUCAUGUGAUCUUCCAAUAUGUUCCACAAAUUGCUCUAACCAAGGUUCCUGUGUUGCACCAGAAAAAUGCCAAUGUAUUUCAGAUUUUGUCGGUAUCGAUUGCUCAAUUUCAGCUAAAAAAACUCAUUUUAUAAGCUCAAUAGAACCAUGUUCAAUUUUGGGUGGUGAAGUUACUAUUUAUGGAUGGUUUGGAACAGUUCAUGAAAAAUUAACCGUUCAAAUAGGCGAUAUGUUUUGUGAAGAUCUAGUUGCAACUGAAACUACUAUAAAGUGUACACUAAUGGGUGGUAUGGGUACUAAAGAUGUAAUUAUUACACAGAAUUAUGUUAGUUCAUUUGGUAAAUUUCAAUAUUUUAAUCCAAUCCAAAGUUGCCCAAACAACUGCACUAGUCCAGAAAAUGGUCAAUGUGAUACUACAACAGGUCAAUGCUCUUGCUCUAUUAAAAAUGAUGGGUUUGAUUGUUCCUUGGAAAAAGUUUCAACUGAAAAAGAUUAUCCAGCUUCAAUUACAAAAAUUAAUCUAGAAACAGGUUCAGCUUCCAUUAGCAACCAAGACACAAAUUACGAAGUUUCAAUUAUAUCAUUAAUCGAGUUUGAUAUAAAUAGUAAUAUAGUUUCAACCAAUUAUUUUAAAAAACACUGGGAUAGUUCAAUAGAUGAAGAAAAAGCUAUAUAUCAAUUCUCACAAAAACUCGACAACAAUAAUGGUAUUAUAACAUAUAUAGUUGAAGAAGUAAAACAAAAUAAAGUAUAUGAAUUUGCAGGUAUGAAGUUAUCACUUGAAGAAGGCGGAAUAAAGGUUUCAGUUAAUAUUUCAAACUAUGAAUACCAAAGUUCUCUAAAUACAUUACAAUUAAGAUUUUUAUCAGCUUCUGGAGAAAACUCAAAUACCACACUUUCAAAUAAAUGUAAUCAAAAUCCCUCAAAAUCAGAUACCUCGAAUGUUGACCCAAAUCAAGCAUUAAACUACAUUAGUAUUACAAAGAACUCGAAGCAGUUUAGCGGUAGAUUUAUUAAUAAAGUAAUUUCGGAUGGUAGAUCAACAUUUAUGACAAGUGAAAUUAUUAAAGAUUUAACCAACUCUUCAACUGUAACAGUAGGACUUAACUUGCCCCAUUGUAACCAAUUUUGUUUUAUUGACCCAGAUUUUUCUGUUCUAGUAUCAUCCAACUUUAAUCCAAAUUGUGAAGGUGUUUCAAAGAAUAAUUGGGUUAUACCUGUUGCUGUAGUGGUUCCAGUCGUAUCACUUUCAAUUUUAGUUUUGGCAAGUGUUUUAGUCUAUAGAAAGCAUAGAUAUGCAAUUCGUUUAUUCUUUUUAAAAAGAUCCACGAACAGUUCAUUUAAACUAAAGGAAAAAAGAAAUAAAUACCAUUAUUAA